AUGUCCUUAGUUGACAAAGAAGAAAAAGAGAGCAGAAAGGAAAGCAAUUAUGAGACCAUUCACAGAUUGCCUCCAGCUGCUGAGAAUAUCAACAGUAGUAGGCAAGAGGGCGAUUCGGGAUUAUUACCAUGGGAAGCAAAGAAGCAGUAUGAGGAUAUUGCCAAGCUGCUUCUGGCUACAGAUGGCAUUAAUGUCAACGCCAGAGAUAAUAACAGCCAGACACCUUUGUUAUGGGCAGCCAAAAAAGGUUAUGAUACCUUGGUCGAUCUCCUACUGAAAUCAGACGGUAUCGAUAUCAAUGCGAAAGAUGACUGGAACAAAUCCUCACUAUUAUGGGCAACUGCAAAGGGGCACAUAGCAGUAGUCAAGUUAUUGCUGAAUGAAGCUAAGCUUGAUAUUAAC